UGUUAACAGGGGUUUUCCUGGCUCAAAAUUAGGUGGAGGUGGUAAAAUACUGCUCAUGUGCACGCACACAAUGGUACCGCAUUUCAACUGGCUGAAGAAAACAUUUGACAAGCACGCAUUUUAGAUCUGCUCCUCCAACCACACAGGAGUUCAUCAACAGUUCAGCUCCUCCCACAACAGUUAAUGAAAGAGUUUAUGAAAGAAAGCUGAAAACAUGACUGAUCCAGAACCCUGUGGAAUAAAACAGGAAGAUGCUGAAGAACAAAAAGACUUGAUAGAAGAGAACAAGGAGAUUGAAGAACUGAUUAAAGAGGGGGAGAACCAUCAUGUCAAAACUGAAGAAACACCCUGGAGAUCCUCAUUGAUAAGAAGAGACAAAACAUGGCCUGAGUGUGAAAAGAAAGCAGUUAAAAGCAGUAAAACAUUUUUUAGACCACAUUUCCUGAAGGACCGCCUGAAAGUUCAUACAAAGGACAAGCCUCAUGUAUGUUAUUUAUGUGGAAAGAGUUUUAGUCACAUGGCUGCUUUAAAGAUACACCAGAAAAGACACAGCGGUGUGAAGGAUCAUGCUUGCUCUGAGUGUGGGAAGACUUUUUUUACAUAUGGUGCGAUGAAAGUGCACCAGACAGUUCACACUACAGAAACACCUUACAAGUGCUCACACUGUGACAAGAGAUUCAAACGGUCAGAAUAUCUGAGAAUACAUGAGAGGAUCCACACUGGAGAGAAGCCGUAUACAUGUGAUCAAUGUGGGAAGAGCUUCAGACUAAAAGAAAUGCUUAAUCAACACAUGAAUAUCCACAGUGGAGAGAAGCCGUACACAUGUGAUCAGUGUGGAAAGAAUUUCACACAAAAAGGAAACCUUAUCAAACACAUGAAAAGACACACUGAAGAGAAGCAACACACAUGUGAUCAGUGUGGGAAAACUUUUGUGCAUAAAGGAAACCUUAAAGACCACAUGAGAAUCCACACAGGAGAGAAUCUACAUACAUGUGAUCAGUGUGGGAAAACGUUUGUGUUUAAAGGAAACCUUAAAGACCACAUGAAUAUCCACACCGGAGAGAAGCCAUACACAUGUGAUCAGUGUGGGAAGAGUUUCAGACAAAAAGGAGCCCUUAAUGUACACAUGAGGAUUCACACAGGAGAGAAGCCGCACACAUGUAAUCAGUGUGGGAAGAGUUUCAGACUUAAGCAAACUCUUAACGAACACAUGAUGAUCCACACUGGAGAGAAGCCGUAUGCAUGUGAUCAGUGUGGGAAGAGUUUCAGACUUAAGCAAACUCUUAACGUACACAUGAUGAUCCACACUGGAGAGAAGCCGUACACAUGUAAUCAGUGUGGGAAGAGUUUCACACAAAAACAAGCCCUUGAUGUACACAUGAGGAUCCACACUGGUGAGAAGCCGUACACAUGUGAUCAGUGUGGAAAGAGUUUCUCACAAAAAGGAGCCCUUGAUGCACACAUGAGGAUCCACACUGGAGAGAAGCCGUACACAUGUAAUCAGUGUGGAAAGAGUUUCAGACUUAAGCAAACCCAUAAUGAACACAUGAGGAUCCACACUGGAGAGAAGCCAUACACAUGUAAUCAGUGUGGAAAGAGUUUCAGAAAAUGUGAUGUUUUUAAAAAACAUCUGCUUACUCAUUCUAGAGAGAGACUAGAAAACUGUGACCAAAGCAGUAGAACAUUUCUAAAGGACCGUCUGAAAGCUCAUACAAAGAAGAAGCCUUACAUAUGUUAUUUAUGCGGAAAGAGUUUUAGUCAGAUGGCUGCAUUAAAGAUACACCAGAAAAGACACAUCGGUGUGAAGGAUCAUGCUUGCUCUAAGUGUGGGAAGACUUUUUUUACAUAUGGUGCGAUGAAAGUGCACCAGACAGUUCACACUACAGAAGCAGCUUACAAGUGUUCACACUGUGACAAGAGAUUCAAACGGUCAGACUACCUGAGAAUACAUGAGAGGAUCCACAGUGGAGAGAAGCCAUAUACAUGUGAUCAAUGUGGGAAGAGCUUCAGACUAAAAGAAAUGCUUAAUCGACACAUGGAUAUCCACAAUGGAGAGAAGCCACACACAUGUGAUCAAUGUGGAAAGAAUUUCAGACAAAAAAGAAACCUUAUCAAACACAUGAAAAGACACACUGGAGAGAAGCAACACACAUGUGAUCAGUGUGGGAAGGGUUUCUUAGACAAAGGAAACCUUAAAGACCACAUGAAUAUCCACACUGGAGAAAAGCCAUACUCAUGUGAUCAGUGUGGCAGGAGUUUCGCACAUAAAGGAAACCUUUUCAAACACAUAAAAAGACACACUGGGGAGAAGCCACACACAUGUGAUCAGUGUGGGAAGAGUUUCGCAGAAAAGGCAACCCUUAAUGAACACAUGAGGAUCCACACUGGAGAGAAACCAUACACAUGUGAUCAGUGUGGGAGGAGUUUCACACAAAGAGGAACCCUUAUUGCACACAAGAAAACCCACAGUGGAGAGAAGUCAUAUACCUGUGAUCAGUGUGGGAGGAGUUUCACACAAAGAGGAACCCUUAUUGCACACAAGAAAACCCACAGUGGAGAGAAGUCAUAUACAUGUGAUCGGUGUGGGAGGAGUUUCACACAAAGAGGAAACCUUAUUGCACACAAGAAAACCCACAGUGGAGAGAAGCCAUAUACAUGUGAUCAGUGUGGGAAGAAUUUCAAACGAAAAGAAAGCCUUCAUGAUCACAUGAGGAUCCACACUGGAGAGAAGCCGUACACAUGUGAUCAGUGUGGGAGGAGUUUCAUACGAAGAGUAACCCUUUACAAACACAAGAAAACCCACACUGGAGUGAAACAGCACCAGACAGUUCACACUACAGAAACACCUUACAAGUGCUCACACUGUGAAAAGAGCUUCAAACGGUCAACACAUCUACAAAUACAUGAGAGGAUCCACACUGGAGAGAAGCCGUAUCACUGCCAUUCAUGUGGGAAGAGAUUCACUCAAUUAUAUUCUUUAAUCUGUCAUAAAUUACAUGUCUGCAUGUCUGAAAUUACAGUAAGUAGAUGAAGUUCUGAUCCUGUACUUCCAGGUGCUAGGUAGGGCUGCAUCAAGUAAUUAUUUGCUAAUCUAUUAAUCAGAGAUUAUUAGAACGAUUAAUCAACUAUUCGUUGAUUAUUUCACAGAUUAAUCAGUAUCUUUAUUAAUUAUUUGGCUUGUGGAGUUUGUUAAAAUGCUGAGUUACACCCAUUCUAAAUAAUAAAUAAAACAAGGAAAUCACUUCCGUUUUUGAAAAUGUCUUUUUAAUAUAUUUUGAGUAAACGGAAUUAUUAUCUUCUUCAGGUUUUCUGUCCUCCUCAGAAGUCAUCAAUACACCAACUUUGCUCAGAACUGAAACACAAAAAUAAAUGGGAAUUUCACAACACAUAGGAGGCUAAAAUAUUCAUCUACAAACUAUUGUUACUUAGAUCCCCUUGUGAGCACUGUG